GAAUAAAUAAUGGACUGUGUAAAAUUUAUGAAUGUUAUUUGUGUAUUUGCCAUUCCUUUUUUUGUAAUUCUAAAUUAAUAAUACUUAUUAGAUAUCCCUUUACUUGAUAAUUGAAUUUUAGCCAGACUUUUACAAAUACCCCAAAUCAAAUCCUUAAAAACUAAAAGAAGCAAUAAUUGUGGCCUUUAUCGUAAUAAUAAAAUUUUAUUGAAGUUACAUGUGGUAUUAAGCAUUAUUUUAACACUUUGGCAUCAAAGAAGAAUAAAAGCAAAAAAGAAAAUGCAAAAUGUUGGAGAUAAUUAUUAUUAAAUUCAAGGCAAUAUUCAAGGAUAGCCAGAUUCAGAUUGAUUUUAUAUAUACAUACAGAA